AGUUUAAUUUCAUCCGUCUUAUUGAAGACAUCAAAUCAAGUUUUGAUAAAAGAAUCUUGUUGAAAAAUUUACAUCUUCACAACUGGAUCAAUUUUGUGGAUUUUUUUAAAAUAUUUAAACUGAAAAAGAAGUGAUGAGACAUAAAAUUAUUUUAUUACUAGAGUGCUUAACAAUUGCUUUGGCUCAAGACUUCCAUUCAGUGGAACCUCCGACACAUUUCUUCUCGAUAGUUCCACCAGCAAACGUUGAAAGUCAAAUAGCCAAAGUUAAUGGAUCACGUGAUAAAGGCCCUGCAAAUAGUGAGUUCUGUCCAUCGCUCGAAAAUGCAGAUUUAUUGACAGACGAAGAAUUUUUCGAGCAUCUUGUACAUCCGUGUAGAUAUGAUCGAAUUCAAAGGCCAAAAUUGCAUGAUGAUAGUGGAAAAUCCUUACCAGUCAAUGUUUACGUGCGAUCCUUUAUUUACUACUUACAAAAUUUGGAUACUCAUGAUUUACAGUUUAAGAUGCAAACUCUUUUGCAAAUGAGAUUUGUUGACCCUAGACUUGCAUUUAAGGCUGUCGCUCCAAAAAGAAUCUACCCUGUAACAGGCGAGGAAGAUUUGAGGAAGAAAAUUUGGGUACCUCACGUCUUUUUCUCUAAUGAAAGAGAUUCUGGAGUCUUAGGAACUUAUGGACACCACAUUUUAACAUCAAUAUCACCUGAUGGGACUGUAAUAAUUUCCUCUAGACUUCAAGCAACCCUCUUCUGUCCAAUGGAUUUGAGGAAAUUUCCAUUUGAUUCGCAAGAAUGCAAGGGUACUCUUGAAUGUUGGAUGUACAAUGCAUCACAAGUCCAGCUUCAUUGGGAAAAGUUCUCUCCAUUAACAAUGGGACCAGAUAAAAUUUUAACUGAGUACAUCCUGACCAACACAUCAACAACAGAAGAAAUGGUAAUUGCUAAUGAAAAUGACUUGAGACACGGUGCUUUUGUUGGAAAUUAUAGCUCAAUCAUCUUCAAGUUUAAAGUGGAUCGGCAGGCUGGUUUUUACAUUUUAGAAUAUUAUCUUCCGUCUGUGAUGAUUGUUGGCAUUUCCUGGGUCUCAUUUUAUCUUCAAGCUGAUCAAACAGCACCUAGAGCUAUGCUGGGUGCUUCGGCUAUGCUUGCUUUUAUCACACUUUCAUCAGCUCAAAAUAAGAUUCUUCCAAAAGUCAGUUACAUAAAGGCAUUGGAAAUAUGGUCGAUGGCAUGCACUGCUUUCAUUUUUAUGAGUCUCGUUGAGUUUGCAUUUGUAAAUGUAAUUUGGAGGAGAAGGAAGCAUGUUGAAUUGAAAAAGGUAAACGCGACGAACAUUUUAAAACACACUUUAACUGCAAAAGAUGUUCGAACAGCUUUAGGAAUUGAUACAUCUCGAAGUGUUGCUAGCAUUCCAUCAGCUGUUCAAAAUGAUGAAGAAUUCCUAAAUGACAAAACAAGAAUUGAUAAGAGGAGUUCUGUCGAUUUUGCAUCGAAGAUACAAAUGGACGGAUUUACACAAUCAAUUUCAAUGCACAGAUCAAAUUCGUGUACAGAUCUAAACGAGUUGAUAAAGAGAAAUGUCCAUAAUAGCAACGAUUUCAUAGUAAAAGCCAACAAUGAAAAUGACGAAAGCUUCAAAAAAUUCAACAAUUUGAUUCACAGCAGUUCAUUUUCGCAUCAAAACGGAGAGAAGAAGACAAUGUUUGAGGAAAAUAUUUUGAUGAAUGACGACCAUCUGCUUAAAAAUAUUUCAGAAAAGAAAUCUAAAUUUGAUAAAUUACCACGAAUUGAAUCUGAAACAAGCCUGAAUACGAAGAACAAAGUGAAAUUUGAUGAUUCUGAGUGCAGAGUUAGAGUAAGUAAAGUUUUGAAUAUGAAAAUCUUAAUUAUUUUAUGAAUAACUUCUAGCGAAAGUCAUACAUGGUUCCAGUAAUCCUAACAGAAGGUCAAAAUGGCGAAUAUGAAAUGGAAAUGGACACAAGUAAUGCUAUACGGAACAAUAGCAAUGCAAUAGAAAUUAUAAUUAAAGAUGACGACAGUGAUGCUGGAUCAUUGGGUAACAAAAUAGAAGAUUACAGCAAGGACAAUCUUAAGAAAGGAAAUCACCUUACUCAACUCCAUCAUACAAUCUAUGAUGGAUGGACCCGAAUGACUCCUCAUGAACUUUCCAACUGGAUUGAUAAGCGUUCGAGGACAUUCUUCCCAUUUUCAUUUGCUGUAUUCAACGUUUUCUAUUGGACAUUUGUGUAUUUGUUUUAAAUUUUAAGUAUAUUUGUAGAAUAUUUUGUUAAUUUUAUCUUAAUUGUAGAUUAUAUUAAAUAAUUAUCGAUAAAAAUUUUCCAAGAAAAUAAAUUUAUUGCCGAC